AACAUCCUGACGGGGCUGCAGGACCCUGCUGGGGACAACAGACCGAAGCUGGACCUCGGCUCCUCCGGGAAGAGCCAGCAGCACCAGUACGAGCUCAACAGCAAGAAGCACCACCAGUACCAGCCCAACGGCAAGGAGAGCGGCGUGAAGCACCAGUCCCACAGCAAAGGGAAGUAUUACUACCAGCUGAACAGCAAGAAGCACCACCACUACCAGCCGGACCCCAAGAUGUACGAGGCCCAUUACCAGCCCGGCAGCAAGGAGCCGCAGAGCCAGGCCUGCCUGGACAGCAGCAAGAGUCCCCUGGUCACCCACCCGGACAA